AAACAUUCGAAGCAGAACAUCACUCACAUGGACUGAAGUUCAUAUAUCUACCACAAGCCAUUGAAUCUUAAUCCAGUAUUUUCAAGAUGAGUGAGUGUUCAUGUGAGGUACAUUCAACUCGAGGAUGCUAUACAUGUGGAAAACAUUGUGUUGGCAUUUUAUUGGAUGCAUGCUCAUGGUGUCAUUCAAACUAUAGUCACUUUUUCUGCAUGAAGCAAAUAAACAAGAACAGAAAGUUUGUGGAUUACUUAUGCAAAUAUUGUGCAGAAUGGGUAGAUGCAUCUUCUAUGAUACCAAGGAAAUCUGGUCGGAUUAUAAAACUGAAUAACAAGUACUUUAAUGAAGAUAUGAUUGUAGGCAUGUCUUUUGAUUGGAUGAGUCCACG